AUGGCUAUUUCCAAGUCCAUUUUCUUGUGCUUUGUCCUAAUAUGCUCGUGGGCUUAUGUGGGUUAUUCCCAAGUGGCGGCCGGUUCGCUUGACUGCGUGCAGAAACUGAUGCCGUGUCAGCCGUAUCUGAAGAGUUCGUCGCCGCUGCCGCCGCCGCCCGGUUGCUGCCUGCCGCUGAGAGAUAUAAUCGCCAAAGAUAGCAAGUGCCUCUGCGCGGUGUUCACCAAUUCGGCCCUCUUGAAAAGCCUCAACAUUACGCAGAACGACGGUCUUAAUCUUGCUAAAUCUUGCGGAGCCAAUGCCGAUUCAUCUCUUUGCAAAACAGGAGCUGCUGUACCAUCUGGCUCACCAUCUCCGCCAGCCGCACCUUCAACUACGAAUAACAGUUCAACACCGAGCCCGCCACAUAAAAAUGCAGCCACUGCAUUAUCUGGUCGAGUUGUAGGAUAUUUGAGCACGACGGCUGCCAUUCUCGGUUUAAUUAUUUCAGCAUUUUAGAGAUUUUUCUAAUUUCACUAGAUUAAUGUGAAGUUACUGUUUGUUGUACGUUUAGAAUAUGCAUUAUUAUC